UCUGGUUGGUCUUCCUCCCUCCAUACCGAGCCAGGAUGAGUGAGUCACAGGAAGCGUCCUCUCCUGUGGCCGGCAUUGGCGGCCCCGCUGCCUGUGUGACCAAAGUGGAGCUGCGUGUGUCCUGCAAGUCCCUGCUGGACCGAGACACACUCAACAAGUCAGACCCUUGCGUCAUGCUCAUGGUCCAAGCCCAAGGCCAGUGGACCGAGCUGGAUCGCACAGAGGUCAUCAAGAGUAACCUGAACCCAGUCUUUGCCAAGGUCUUACUGCUGGACUACUACUUCGAGGAAGUGCAGAAGCUGCGCUUUGAGGUCUACGACAUUCAUGGAACCCACAGCAUUGGAACUCGCGAUGACGACUUCCUGGGUGGCGUGGAGUGCACACUUGGCCAGAUAGUGGCGCAGAAAAAGAUGGUGAAGCCUCUGUUACUGAAAUACGGAAAAUAUGCCGGAAAAUCCACCAUCACGAUUCACGCCGAGGAGAUUUCUGGCAACAACGGAUACGUCGAACUCUCCUUUUGUGCCAAGAAGUUGGACGAUAAGGAUCUCUUCAGCAAGUCCGACCCCUUCUUGGAGAUUUAUCGGGUCAACGAUGACGGGACAGAACAGCUUGUACAUCGGACUGAGGUGAUCAAGAACAACCUGAACCCUGUUUGGGAGCCCUUUAAAGUCUCCUUGAUAUCUCUAUGCAGCUGCGACGAGGACAGAAAGUUGAGGUGCCUAGUGUGGGAUUAUGACUCCAGGGGGAAGCACGACUUCAUCGGUGAAUUCUAUGCCACGUUCAAAGAAAUGCAGAAAGUUUCUGGAGGAAACAAGGUCACUUGGGAAUGUGUCAACCCAAAGUACAAACUAAAGAAGAAGAACUACAAAAACUCUGGCCUGGUCAUUCUCACUGAUCUCAAGCUUCACAGACUCUACUCUUUCCUGGACUACAUCAUGGGGGGAUGCCAAAUACAUUUCACAGUUGCCAUUGACUUCACAGCAUCAAACGGAGACCCCCGCAAUAGCUGCUCACUGCACUACAUCAACCCAUACCAGCCAAACGAAUAUCUGAAGGCUUUGAUAGCUGUGGGCGAGAUCUGCCAGGAUUAUGACAGUGACAAAAGAUUCUCAGCUUUGGGCUUCGGGGCGAGAAUUCCACCCAAUUAUGAGGUGUCGCAUGACUUUGCCAUCAACUUUAAUCCAGAUGAUGAUGAAUGUGAAGAAAUUCAGGGGGUGGUGGAAGCUUACCAGAACUGCCUGCCCAAGAUUCAGCUCUAUGGCCCCACUAAUGUGGCCCCCAUUAUCAACAGAAUAGCCAAGCAGGCAGCUGGGAAGGAGCCCAUCAAAGACGCCUCACGAUAUCACAUCCUGCUGAUCCUCACGGACGGGGUAGUGACGGACAUGGCGGACACGCGAGAGGCCAUCGUACGGGCUUCUUACCAGCCCCUGUCCAUCAUCAUUGUGGGGGUGGGCAACGCCGACUUUACCGACAUGCAAAUCCUGGAUGGAGACGACGGGGUCCUGCGUUCUCCCAAAGGAGAACCCGUCCUGAGGGACAUUGUGCAGUUUGUGCCCUUCAGAGACUUCAAAACGGCUUCUCCUGCUGCCCUGGCGAAGUGCGUUCUUGCAGAGGUGCCCAAACAGGUAGUGGAGUACUUCAGUCACAAGGCCAUUUCACCAAUGAGUCCUGUGUUGGAUUCUACUCCAAACUCCAUCGCCAACACCCCAGAUUAACAUUUCCCUCCUGAGCCUUGACCUCCAAUGGGACCCUGUGCACCUCCUUCCAGUACUGGACCAGUGAAAGCAUGGUCAGAGGAGGGCCGCCACGGAGGAAAACCACCACCAACACCACAAAAAAACUAUAUUGUUGUGCCGAUUGCCAUUUUCCCCUGUUCGUAAAUAAGGUGUUUAUACAGACUGAAAGGACGGGUUUGAAGGCUGAAUUUUUGCCCUGGGUCUGGCGUUGUGCCUGCUUGAGCCUUUUCCCCUCCGCCUGCUGUACAGAGCCAUUGCAUGAGGACAUUUAGGCCAGUAAUCUGCACACGCCUCGCACCAGAGUCCUAGACCUUUGACUGCCGCUGGCUCUCUACUACUGCUCCACAAAGGCCACCUCUGCAUUUCUUUUUAAAUCCUAUGCCUUUCAGGACUCUUUCAGGCUUCGCCCAGCUUGCCCUGCUGUGCUCAUCUUCUCUUGC